CCACAUCCUCCCCACCAUCACCACCCCCACAGCUUUGUAGCUCAUCGGAUUCCUCCAGGAUAAGUAAAGAUUUCGAUUCUGAUUACCGGGCGUCUUCCAUCAGCGAACCGCAAGGAACACGCACGGAGAAGUCCUCUCGACAAGCCCCCUCCACCCCUACCACCACCACCACCACAUUCAUGGAGCUGUCACGGCUGCACGGCCGCUUCAUGGCCGUACGUCGGGACGGGCCCGACUCUGAGGCCACCCGCACCGAAAUCCACCUGCUGCUCGACCAGAUGAUCUCGUUCAACGCGGAGGCCUCCGCGCCAGACCCGCGGGAGGUGUCGGCACUCCUGGUUCAUGCUACUCACCUGGUGCCUUGGCAGCAAGAACAUCUGCUGGUCAAGGUGUGCCACCUCAUCAGCCACCUGAUAAGCAGGCUCCAGGUUCCAAUUGACGAUGACUGUUUGAAGCAUCUGGUGUCGUACAUCAUCACAGCCAUAAAUGAGUGCCGAUCGUGGCUUUACUAUGAGCUCCUUGAGGUUUUGGCUUCACUCGUUUACAACAAUGGAUUCCGGUGUCAAAAGUUUUUACCAGAGCUGGUGGGAGAGUUUCCCAAGGACCCGCUAUUCAGGCUAGGAGGCCUGUCCUUUUCUGAUGGAGAAGUACGGGUCAAGGCUCUUCAGUGCAUCGCACAUCUCUGCGCAAGGCAGCCCGCAGAGGCAGCAAUGGGAGAGCCAUACCGAGAGGCCUGUUUCACCCACUUUCUCACCAUCCUUCGUGCCAGCAAGCUGGAUGACACAGAUUACAUCACAUACUGCAAGACUCUGCAAAAUGCUCUGAAAGGCAUAAAUGCAAUUCUUUUUACUUUUCGACCAAGUCCUACGGAGCAGAUGGGCAUACUCUUGGCAACGCUGAAGAGGUGUAUGUUCUACGGGCUCCCUGGUGCACCGCAGCUCACGGCUGACAUGCUCUACCCCACCGCGCUGCCCCAGUACGAUGGGGGCCAGGCACCCAUGCGGCCCCCACAGGUGCCGCCUUCCCAAGAGAAGGCUCCUCAUAUGGCAGGUAAGAGAGGGGGAAGGACGACUGAUCAUGUCCAUAAUGACCCAGAAGGGAGCCCCAUGGCCUCAUGCACGUCUCAAGCAGAAAGCCUUUCUCUGGAGGAAGAGGACACUCCCUGCCAGUACACUGCAAGAUCCAAGGAGAGUAGUGGAGAUGCAGUAUCUCUAACACCAGCAUGGCGGCUACGCACAAGCUCCGAAUCGGACUUCUCUGACAGCGAAUCUGGACACCAGCGACGCCUCCGCAUCCAGCAGAGUCGGGUGCGACAGGCGGCGCUGUGCUGUCUGCUGGCAGCCUUUAAGGCGGCAGAGAAGCGCGUCGUGUACGGGUACUGGGCGGCCUUCAUCCCCGAUGCACCCUUCUUGGGAGGAGGCCAGACACUCUCUCUCUCCACUGUCAUCCUCAAGGACUCCUCCAACAAGGUGCGCAGCGGCGCUCUGCAGGCCCUCUCAGCGCUGCUCGAGGGCUCACGGCAGUUCCUGUCGGCGGCUGAGGAGGCGGCUCAGGGCACCACGGCGUUCACGUCACUCUCUGCCUCACUGGCAUCAAGCGUUCGAGAACUGCACCGCACUCUGCUGCUGGCGCUUCUCGCCGAGAACUCCGUCCUCACCCUCACGCAGAUCAUCAAGUGCCUGGCCACACUGGUUCUGAACGUGCCUUACAAGCGUCUUCACCCAGGCCUGCUCAGCAGAGUUUGGAGGCACAUGUGGCCAUUCACACGCCACAGAGAUGUGAAUGUACGCGUGGCGUGCCUCACCCUGCUGGGAGCCGUGCUGACGGCCCAGGCUCCGCUCACGGAGGUGCACCUCCUGCUGACGCAGCCCAUCAGCGCCAGCCCUGCCUCCAGUGGGACCAGCACCCCAGGGGCGCUCCCAAGGGGGUCGUUUGACCAAAAGAACAGCGCCCCUUCGUCCCCCGCUCCGAAGGGGCCACCGAAGGCCGAAGACGGCGAAGACGGGAGGGGUUAUUCAUCUCCGCUGCAGGAUGGCACCGACUCGUGGAGGAAUGCCGGUUCGAGGAGUCGCAGUUGGGACAUGGCAUUAAAGUGCUGCCCUCAGGGCUGCUGGUUGGUCAGCUUCUGCUCGACGCUCAUUUUAGGGCGGGAGAUGGAGGGACGUGGGCUGCCCGAGCCCACUUUUAGUGAGCCCUUGCCUGUCCGGCUGGAAGCGUUACAGGUGCUGGCAUAUCUCAUCAAGGGUUAUUUCCCUGUAGCGCAUGGCAGCCUGCAGGAGGUGACCGAUAUUGUGAGUCUCUGCCUAGGGGACCGCAAUCCUGUCGUGCAGCUGCACGGAGCUAAGCUUUUGGAGGAGCUGGGCACAGCCAUAAAUAUCAUGUACAGGUCGAGCCUAAAUCAGAGUGCCAGUUCUAUCAAAGAAAAUGCAUCCCAACCACUCCCUGGGGUCUCCUUGCAGCAGAUUGUGGGCGUGUGGAGUGCAAUGCUGUCGGGACCGCUACCGCCGGCGCUGCAGAGCGCACAGAGUGCGGCCCUGCAAACAAGCGCGUGCGACGUGCUGUCCACCAUCCUGCCCGACGCCUUCCCCCUCCUGCCAGUGGACAGGCAGAUGGUGUGCCUGACGGUACUGCUAGGUUUGAGUGCAGAUGAGAGCCUGCAAGUGAAGGCCGCGGCGGUCCGAGCUCUCGGCGUCUUCCUGCUGUUCCCAUCACUGCGGGAGGACGUGCAGUUUGUGUCGGAUGCCGCCAGCGCCGUGCUCCGGUGCAUGGAGGACCCCUCCUUCCUCGUGAGGACCAAGGCGGCCUGGUCAUUGGGCAACCUCACCGACACGCUCAUCACCAACGUGGAGACGCUCGGAGAUGACUUCCUGAUGGAGGUGCCGGAUAUGUUGCUUCUGCGCAUCAUCCGGACAGCUAUUGGAGCAGCACAGGACAAGGACAAGGUGAAGAGCAACGCGGUGCGCUGCCUGGGAAAUCUUCUGCGCUUCCUGCAGCCACGGCACGUGGCGGACGUGCGGUUUGGGGCCGCGGUGGCGGAGGCGGUGGGCGCGCUGAGUGGUGCCGUGUUGAGCGAUUCCACCAUGAAGGUGCGCUGGAACGCCUGCUAUGCUGUGGGCAACGCCUUCCACAAUGCCGCCCUCCUGCCAGUCUCCUCCGAGUGGCGGCCUAUUGCCUUCAAGGCGCUGACGUCCGUCGUCCGCUCAUGCAAAAACUUCAAGGUGCGCAUCAAAGCAGCUCUUGCGUUGUCGUGCCCCGGCAGUCGGGCCUGGUUCGGCUCUGCGCCUGAGUUCGCGUCCGUGUGGGAUGCCCUUCUGGAGGCCCUGGACAAGAGCGAGGCCCUCAGGGACUUCUCUGACUUCCGAUACUCGGAGAGCCUCCGCGAGCAGGCCUGCAUCGCCCUCCUGCACCUGACCAGUCUCCUGCAGCUCAGCGACACAGCUGCCCUGCAGCCAGUGUUGGCCCGGAGGUCACACGCUCUGGAGAAGCACUUCCGCAGUGGGGCCGCCCACAAGAUGAUUACGGCGGAUGUGGAGGGAGAUAUACCACCACGGAAAUUCACAGAGCCGGUGGUGACUACCGCGGGCCGACCGAAUGAUGGCCAGGAAACCGGCGACGGGCUCGAUCCGGGGACUGUGGAGCAGAAAUUGGUGGAGGCCACGCUGAACCUGCAGGCUUUGCAGCAAGAUGCUCGAGUGGAGGUGGAAGUCUCUGUCGUACAGCAGCUGGAGGACCUAUUCCAUUAACAUUAAUUUCUGUAUUGCGCUCAUCAUUGUUUAAAGCAAGACUAUGUUCAUGCACAAUUGUAAUAUUUGAUUAAAAUUGUAUUUUAUCAUUAGGAUAUCAACGAACUGCUUGCUUGAAGAUAGAAUUCACUCAAAUGUGAAUCCUCUAGCACUUGAAAAUAUGUUUAACAGUUACCAUGAUCAUUUAGUUAGAGACAUAGGCCAAUAUCCCUGGCAACAUGCCAGACAUUGAAUUAAGUGUUGUGGGAUGAGGGAAUGUAUAGUUAAGAUCACACACUUGUAUAGGUUUGAUCCUUAGCCGAAAUAAGAGAUUUUAAUUAUGUCUGUAAUUUUAAAAGGUAUAUCCUGGUAACACCACAUUAAAUUGAAGUUGAACAUGCAUUAUAUUAAAGAUUGAUACUUUUGUGUUGUAAAA